GUUCCCGAGAGUGAGCGAUUCAAGCACCGUUCGAAAAAGGACGUCAACACCUCGAGCCGGCCCUCAGCAACCAAUUGACCGCCACCCGCCUCCUCUUCCCGUCCUGCAUCCGUCUCCCUCUCUCCUCCCAACCUCGCAUUCCGUCGGGACGACACGAUGCUUCGACAGACGCUGGCUCGUUCGGCUUGGCGGACGCCCCGGCACGCCGCCGCCAAAUCCUCGAGAGCUUUUUCCGCCUCACCCCGACGCCCGGCCGAGGUCGAGCUCACAGUUGAUGGAAAGAAGGUGUCCAUCAAAGCUGGCUCGGCUUUAAUUCAAGCCUGCGAGAAGGCUGGUGUCACAAUCCCUAGAUACUGUUACCAUGAGAAAUUAAUGAUUGCUGGUAACUGUCGUAUGUGUCUCGUCGAAGUCGAACGCGCUCCUAAACCCGUUGCCUCAUGUGCCUGGCCCGUACAGCCCGGCAUGGUCGUCAAGACGAACUCACCACUCGCACACAAAGCCCGAGAAGGAGUAAUGGAGUUUCUGCUGGCAAAUCACCCCCUCGACUGCCCUAUCUGCGAUCAAGGUGGCGAGUGUGAUCUCCAGGAUCAGUCUAUGCGCUAUGGUGGUGAUAGAGGCCGAUUCCACGAAGUCGGUGGCAAGCGAGCGGUGGAGGACAAAAACAUUGGACCCCUAAUCAAAACCUCCAUGAACCGAUGCAUUCACUGCACGAGGUGUAUUCGAUUCUCAAACGAUGUCGCCGGUGCUCCUGAAAUGGGUUCAUUCGGUCGUGGAAAUGAUAUCCAAAUCGGUACCUACCUCGAACAGAACCUCGACUCCGAAAUGUCCGGUAACGUGAUCGACCUAUGCCCUGUCGGCGCUCUCACAUCGAAGCCCUACGCUUUCCGAGCUCGCCCCUGGGAGCUGAAGAAGACCGAGUCUAUCGACGUUUUGGAUGGUUUGGGAUCUGCAAUUCGUGUGGACAGCCGUGGCCUUGAGGUAUUGCGUGUCCAGCCCCGCCUAAACGACGACGUAAACGAGGAAUGGAUUAACGACAAGACCCGAUUCGCCUGUGAUGGUCUCAAGACCCAGCGCUUGACGAUGCCUCUCGUUCGGAGAAACAACAAGUUUGAGCCUGCUACUUGGGAACAAGCCCUGACUGAGAUUGGUGCCGCUUACCAGCACCUUGCGCCCAAACCCAAUGAGUUCAAGGUGAUCGCUGGUGAAUUGACGGAAGUUGAGUCUAUGGUGGCUAUGAAAGAUCUAGCAAACAAACUUGGUCACGACAACCUUGCCCUCGAUAUGCCCUCUGGAAGUCAGCCUAUUGCCCAUGGUAUCGAUGUUCGGACUAACUACCUCUUCAACUCCAAGAUCUGGGGUGUAGAGGAUGUCGAUUGCCUGCUUCUUGUUGGCACCAACCCGAGACACGAAGCUGCUGGUUUAAACGCCCGUAUCCGGAAGCAAUGGUUACGCUCAGACUUGGAGAUUGGCGUUGUUGGUGAAACCUGGCAGUCGACCUUCGAGUUCGAGCACCUCGGUGCCGAUUUCGCUGCUCUAAAGAAAGCUCUUGCUGGCCCCUUCGGAAAGAAACUGCAAUCGGCGAAGAAGCCUAUGAUCAUCGUCGGUUCCGGUGUAACAGACCAUGCCGAUGCCAAGGCUUUCUACGAGCUGAUUGGAUCAUUUGUUGAAAAGAAUGCUGCUAACUUCCAGACCGAGGAGCACAACGGGUUUAAUAUCCUGCAGCGGGCAGCUUCAAGAGCGGGUGCUUUUGAGGUUGGCUUUACAACACCCUCACCUGAGGUCGCUGAGACCAAGCCCAAAUUCAUCUGGCUACUCGGCGCUGAUGAGUUUGCUGAUGCUGAUAUUCCUAAAGACGCCUUUGUUGUAUACCAAGGCCACCAUGGUGAUCGGGGAGCUCAAAUUGCAGACAUUGUUUUGCCCGGAGCUGCUUACACAGAGAAGGCCGGCACAUAUGUCAACACCGAAGGGCGAGUGCAAAUGACCCGUGCUGCCACCUCCCUGCCCGGUGCUGCUCGCACAGACUGGAAAAUUAUCCGCGCUAUUAGCGAGUUCCUCGGCGCCCCUCUUCCGUAUGACGAUGUUGCCAUGCUGCGAGACAGAAUGGUUGAGAUCAGCCCUGCGCUGGCCGCCUACGAUAUCGUCGAGCCCACAUCACUCCAGCAGCUCAGCAAAGUACAGCUAGUAGAUCAGAACAAGGGCGCGAAGCCGACUGGCGAGCCUCUGAAGAAGGUCAUACAGGAUUUCUACUUCACAGACGUUAUUUCUAGGAGUUCACCCACAAUGGCUCGCUGUUCAGUCGCAAAGGCAACUAGCAAUCCCGACAACAACUUGAUGGCACCCGGUAUGACUGAGGAUAGGCCAAUGGGACGAGUUGCCUACGGCCCAUAAUUGAUAUAAAUAGACGCCGGAGAUCGAUUCGAGUUGCAAGUCGGCGAAAGGAAUCUAUAGAUGCGGGAUAAUAUGGCCGCAGUAUUUCGUCUAUGAAAAAACGCCCGUCAAUUCCAUAUGGAAGGGAGGAUAGAAAGGGGCUUUUGAACAUUUUAUUUCCCUUUGUCGCCGCCAGGUUGAAUGGUGGGAGCGCACUACGCUAUGUGUAGUAAAUGUACAUAUAUCACAUAGUUAUUUCCAUCGAUCGAUGGAGUUACACAGAGAUGGCUAAGGGCGUACGUAGUCAAGUGGCUAGGGGAGCAUAAGUAGAAGAUGAAUCGUACAUUGAAAGUUA